AUUUGAUUAGCUGUAAAAAUCUAUCAAAUGUUGAUUUGUAAAUCAAGAUUUAUUAAAAUACUGACCUCCAUCUAAACUUAUCUUCCAUGGCUCCAUUCUCAAUUCCUCAACGAUUCUUGUUUCUAUUUCCAUCCUCUACAGUCUACAUGUCUACCAAGGUUUACGUCGGAAAUCUUUCAUCGACCACUACCGAUGAUAUGAGGCAAGCCUUUUCUGACUACGGUCAAGUGCUAGAUGGAAGAUCCAGAGGUUUUGGAUUUGUCACAUUCAGCAGUCACUCCGAAGCUGAAGCAGCCGUGUCAGGGAUGAAUGGAAAGGUUUUGGAUUGCUCCAUUUGUGGUAUAGUUGUUGUGCCUAUAUAUGGACUCAAACCUAUUAUUGCUUUGGUUUUGAAUUUCCAGGAACUGGAUGGUUGUAAACUGAAAGUGAAACUCUCUGGUAGUGAUGGUAGUGAUGGUAGUGGUGAUGAAUGACGAUGAUUGUGCUGACAUAAGGUGGAACGCAUUCUCUAUCCAAAAGACGAAAACAUUCUUGUAUUGUGCGCUUUCAUGUGUUUGCAGUGUCUGGUUUUGUUUCCUUGUUGUGAUCUAACUCCUCCCUUUUAAGGGUUUGUUUCCUGGUUUGCUCUAUUUCAAUUCCCAUGUGUGACUUAAAAAAGCUUCCUUUACCAA